AGAACCGACAAACAAAACUUCUUAUCAAAAACACGACACAACACUCUGGAGUUUGAAGCCUCCCUUCACAUUUUUUGAGCCUGACCUGACGAAUCCAACACGCAUAGAUAAUCCAACAGUUUCCUUACAUCAUCAAGAUUCCCAACACGCGAUUUCAACCAUACCCAGAAACUGUUUCAAUCAAAUCUCUUGAAAUUCACUCCCACACCGCAAUUUCAGCUCCAUUUCCAAACUGGGUUUUGUGUUGAUUGAGCCAUGAAUUUCAGAAGCUCAGAAGAUUUCUGGGUGUAUUACAUGAAUCAUCACUCGAAGCCAUCAACAAGGCGAUGGCACUUUGUAGGGACACUCUUCAGCAUUCUCUUCUUGCUCUGUUCGGUUUUCUUCAGCUGGUGGUUCUUGUUCUUUGUUCCUUUCUUUGGUUAUGGAUGUGCUGUGUAUAGUCACUUGUUUGUUGAGAGGAAUUUCCCUGCGACUUUUGGAUACCCCUUUUGGUCUGUUUUGUGUGAUUUGAAGAUGUUUGGGUUUAUGCUUACUGGGAAAAUGGAUAGAGAGAUCAAAAGGCUUGGGAAGAGACCUGUGCUGCAAGUGUUUUGAUUUUUAUGUAAGCUUUCUCCCUUUGGUUUUCAGUUUAAUUUUCAGAAAAAACAAUUUGCAACUGAAAAUUUAAUGUAUAUUUUGUAAAUAUGAUUUGUGUAGCUUUGACAAUUUAUUUGGGCAUGGAUGAUUUUACUGAAAUAUUAUUGCUGAAAGAACCCAA